UUACUUAGUCGUCUGUUAACUUUUGUCGCGAAACGAUUAAAAACCUUUAAAAAAAUGAAUAAAUUACUUCCAAUUCUAUCGGUAAUUGCCUCAUUCGGUUUCAUUACAGCGACUGGUCAGUUUUUCGGGGAUUUUGACGUAAGCAAUGGACAGCCGAUACAUUUAGUGCCUGUCUACAACCCAAAUUCGGGGCAUUUUGCGCCGCAGGCUGCUCAGUACGCACAGCCGCAAUACCAAACUCACGACUUUGGUGGCUACGAAGAUUAUCGGCCCGUGAUCACGUGCGGUCCAAAUAACGGUCCCAUCUCCGCCAUCGCCGUCUUAAAAAGCGAAACUGUCUCUGGAAACGUGACUCUCACGCAAAAAUCCUGCAACGACCCUUUGCACGUCGAAGUCUCCUUCACAGGCCUCUCUCCCGGCUAUCACGGCUUCCAUGUUCACGAAAAGGGCGAUCUCAGCGGCGGAUGUCUCAGUACCGGAGGUCAUUACAACCCCGACAAAGUCGAGCACGGCGACAUUCACGACACCAUUCGUCAUGUUGGCGACUGGGCAAAUGUUGAAGCGAACGCCGAAGGCAUCGUAAAUGUCGCUUUUGACGACAAAGUCGCUACUUUAUUCGGCGAACGCUCAAUUUUGGGACGUGCCAUUGUCGUUCACGAGAAAAUUGACGACUUGGGACAAGGAGGACAUCCCGACUCGAAGAAAACUGGCAAUGCUGGCGGAAGAUUGGCAUGCGGCGUCAUCGGAAUUCUGGAACCCUAUGAAGGAGGAUGGCCCGGAUCUGGCGCCUCGUCGAUGGUUUCAUGGCGAAUUUUGACUUUUUUCGCUGCAUUUGUUGCUUUUUUCGUUCGUUGCUGAAGAAAAAUUCACUGAACUGCCCAAAAAUGUCAAUUAAACCACACCUUUUACACCGAAAAACUAAACACGAAGCAAUAAAAAUGUCUCGAGCUGAUAAGAAAAGUGAAAAAUCCUAUAAAUACCACGUUUUUGGAUGCAUGUCUGCCCCAAAAAUGACAUGCCAUGUAAUUAUUUUGGAUGAAUUUGUGUUUUUUUGUAACUAUUUUUGUAGUUGUUUAAUAAAAAGUUGUUGAAAUUUUCGUAAAAAAAUAUUUUUGGGAAAUUUUUUAUUAAAA